GAUUCAUUGAAAAAAGAAAGAGAAAGUAAAACUCCGGGAAGCUCUACAAACGUCUUUAUCGUCGUCUGUUCUCUAUUGUAGAGUGAUCUUCUUUUUUUGUACCACAAAAAUAAAAAUAAACUAUGAAUAUAGUCCUAUAAGGUUAUUAGGCUACUGCAGAAAAGGUAACAGGUAUCUCGCCGAAAAUUCACUUCUGGUGACCAUCAUUUGAAGCAAAGCAAUGUCCCGUGGUUCGAAUGCUGGAUUUGACCGACACAUCACGAUUUUUUCUCCUGAGGGCCGCCUCUAUCAAGUCGAGUAUGCCUUCAAAGCCAUCGCGCAGGGUGGGUUGACAUCACUGGGCGUGCGGGGGACAGACUGUGCUGUGGUGGUCACACAGAAGAAAGUGCCGGACAAGCUGCUGGAUUCUGCCACUCUGACCAACAUGUACCCACUUACCCCGCGCAUUGGAUGUGUGAUGACAGGACACAAUGCGGACAGUCGAUCCCAGGUCCACAGGGCACGAGUGGAGGCCGCCGAAUGGAAGUACAAGUUUGGCUAUGACAUCACAGCAGACAUGUUGUGUCGGAGAAUGGCGGACAUCUCCCAGGUCUACACACAGAAUGCUGAGAUGAGACCUCUGGGAUGCUGUAUGAUCUUUGUGGCCAUUGACCCCCAGCUGGGUCCCAUGCUGUAUAAGUGUGACCCGGCAGGCUACUUCUGUGGCUUUAGGGCCACUAGCGUAGGGGCCAAGCAGACAGAGGCUAACAGCUACCUGGAGAAGAAACUGAAGAAGAGGCCGGAGCUGUCAUAUGAGAUGACUGUGGAGUUGGCCAUCUCCUGUCUCUCUUCAAUUCUGUCCAUGGACUUCAAGCCCAGUGAAAUUGAAGUGGGUGUGGUCACUAAGGAAAGCCCCAAGUUCAGGACACUCUCUGAGACAGAGAUCGACACCCACCUGGUGGCCAUUGCUGAGCGGGAGUAGAGGUGCAGCCAUCCACAUACAGUAGAUCAGGGUGACUAACUAACCUAGUGGUUCAGUAAUUGGACAUUAAUACUACUGCAGUAGAUCUACUUCAGACUGCUGUUGCAGAAGGUCCCAUCUUAAACAAUACUAGGAUAUUUUUCUAUUUACAUCUGCACAGGUUGAUUUUCACCUUCAGUCUGCAUAUCUAAGCUCCUAGGACAUACAGCCAGGCCGUAACUAGACUUCGGUUGUUGUUGGAAUGGUUUGGUCGUGUGGAUCGUUUCAUCCAUCCUAUUUAUUGUCUGUAAUCUCAUUGAACCUCGUUGUUUAUGACCACCAAAUGGGUUUUAGCUACCUGUGACCAGAGCAUUACUCAUGUCAUCUAUCACUUGCUACAGAAACACUGUCUAACAGAAUAAAACACAUCAAGUAAAACAAAAGAACACUAAUAUCCCUUUUUUAAAUUCUGAUAUGCUUAGAUGUUUUCUGUAGAAUCACAAAAGACACAGUAGUGCUUAACCUUUUGUAUUUGUUUGAUUCGACACAUGUGACUGGAGUUCAUAUUCACAACAUGUCUCAGAGUAGUGGUGCUGUGGCCGUAUCCGCAAAGCGUCUCAGUAAAGGUCCUAGGAAUCCUGUUCAAACGUGUUUUAACAUACACAAAAAAACUCCCAGCUCAGAGUAGGUUUUAGGAUGAUGUUAUUAAGACACUGCUCAGACAAUCUCUGAGCCAGGAGUAAAAUCUGUUCAUAAAAGUUUAUCUCAACUGGUAAUCACAACAGUUUGAGGCACCACAAAGGAAAGAUAGUGAUGACGCUCAUUGACUUUGUUGCAUAUGAUGGGGAAUAACCGUUGGUGAUGAGGCAUCGCCAGCUGUGAACUCUAUAGCAUGUUUCAGACAACCAUCAAAUGUUGCAAUGGUAAAACGAUAUAUGCCAGAUGCGAUCACUUUGCCUAUUCUUAAUUCUUGCCUAAUAGCAUCCAUCUUUUUUUUAAACAACUAAUUCUGAUGGUUGUAAAAAGUGGAAUUUUGAUCAUAUUACCAUUAUAUCAACACACUUGUCACUCCUGUUUAACAACUCCUAAUCGCUUUGGCACAGUAGGCAUUAAGUCACACUUGCCGAUAAUGUUGCAUAAAACGUUUGAAAGGUCUUCCAUUUUCAUCGAACACAAUCAAAGUUAACGUAGGCCCUAGAUGGCUUCAGUGGCCCAAUUUAUCGUCAUGCCCAAUUUAGGCAUAUUUUUAAACAAUGUGAUAUUGCUCUUCAACGGGAUAACCUGAUUUAACUUGAUGUAGGUUUAUUAAAUAAUCAAAAGAAAAACUUGAUUAUUGAUUAGCCUAGUGGUUCUAAGUAUUUAGGGAUAUCGUGUGAAAUAGUCCUCAUGUCAUGUAUUGUAUUGUCAUGUCUUGUCCCUGUGCUUUCUCUUCUCUUCGUUUCCCCCUGCUGGUCUUAUUAGGUUUCUUUCUCUCUCUCUAUUCCUCUCUCUCUAUCGUUCCGUUC